AUGACCGAUAGAAAAUUGCCAAUUAGCCCAUCGGAACAGGCCACGGCCAACCACAGCCCGCUCCUGCACCACCAGCAUCAUCACCAACAGCAGCAUCUUCAUCAACAGCAGCAACAGCAUCCUGCACACAGCAAUCAUCAUCUGCAGCAGCAACACCUGAGGCGUGUUGCAGGUGAGCAGCCCCAGCAUCACGGCAUUGCAAUCACGGCCGGCAUUGGCGAAACGCUUGCUGGUGGCGCUGGUGAGGGGCCAGUUGCUGGAGGUGGCAGUGGCCCAGUUCCGACCGUUGCACCGGCACCACCCCCCAGAGGUACGUCAUCGUUGAGUUCUGGCCAUCAUCUGCAGGCCGGUGCCGCCGUCGUCGCGCUGGCGAGCGUCAACAGUAGCACCGGCAACAGUCUGGGUGGUGGUGGUGGAGUCAUCGGGAGCAAUCAUGCAACCGGCCCGACCAGCACGACGGCCACCAGCAACAGCACCAAGCACGCGAACAUGCAUCGUCUGAAGCACACUAGCUCGCUAACUACUAGCAUCUAUCCAGAGCUUUAUGACAAAGGCAAUCGAUUAUCUCAUUCAAGUGAUACCAGCCAGGCUGACACCAUGACUUCUGUAACGAGCUCCUCGCUGGAUUCGGAUGAGGUAGAUCUCUCCGGUUUGGUGGAAUCGGUAGUCGAUUCCGACGAAGAAGACAUUGCUGAAAGUAUAGAUAGUUUAAGCGUUCGGGAUACGGUACGUGAAUGUUUGGAAAAGGAUCCCAGCGACCGAACGGUGGAAGACAUAGAGAUAUUGCUCGAGUUUACACAAAAGCUGAAAGCGUUCACAAACAUGACUUUCGCGGUACGCCGGGCGCUCUGUUCGGUGAUGGUGUUCGCGGUGGUGGAGAAAGCCGGUACGGUCGUGAUGAACGAUGGCGAAGAGCUGGACUCUUGGAGUGUACUAAUCAAUGGACAUGUGGAGAUCGAGCAUAGUACGGGCGAGGUGGAAUAUCUGCACUAUGGUGACAGUUUCGGCAUUAUGCCGACGAUGGACAAACUGUACCAUCGGGGCGUAAUGCGUACCAAGUGCGAUGACUGCCAGUUCGUGUGCAUCACACAGACGGAUUACUAUCGGAUACAGCACCAGGGCGAAGACAACAUACGCAAGAUCGAGGAAGACGGCCAGGUGGUGAUGGUGACAGAGCUACGCAACACCACCGGAGAGAACGGUUCGCGCAAGGGUUAUGUCGUUAUACGCGGUACGGUGGAGCGGCUGAUGCAUCAGCUAGUAGAGGACACGACCCUGACGGACCCGAACUAUGUGGAAGACUUCCUGCUCACAUUCCGUACAUUUAUCAGCAAUCCGAUUGACAUUUCGAAGCAGCUGCUGAAAUGGUUCAACGUCGACAAUAGUGGUGAGGAGAGUGGAGGAGCUUCUAGUGACCUCGUCGACGGCGCAGCAGCAUUAAUUUCACAUCACUUUUCCUCAUCGCCAGGGGAUAGCGUGCUGUGUGAUCGGGUGACGCGCGUUGUUCUACUAUGGGUAAACAAUCACUUCACGGAUUUCGACACCGAUCCGCAGAUGAUGGAAUUCUUGGAAAUCUUUGAAUCCGCACUGGUGAAAAAGAACAUGGGAGAGCAGCGACAAAUGUUGCACGUGUACGCGCAGCAUAAUGCUCGAGAAAGGAACGUUACCCUGGCGCGUAGUUCCCGGGACGAAGAUCUAAACUUCCAGAUUUCCAGUGGCCCUGGCGGAAUCUUUAUAACGCUGGUCGAACCGAAAACGAAAGCAUACGAAGUGGGACUGAAACGAGGCGAUCAGAUACUGGAGGUAAAUGGGCAGAGCUUCGAGCAUGUGACGUGCGUGCGAGCAUUGGAAAUUCUAAUGGGCACUACACAUCUUAGUAUUACCGUCAAGAGCAAUCUGUGGGCAUUGAAGGGUAUGCAUUCGAAUGCGGACGGUGAUUCGGGAAAGAUGAAGCUAGAUCUAAAGAAAGGCCUGCGCGUGGAUCUGCUGCAAUCUCAAAAAUCUCUCGAUCUGGUGGACAAAGUCGGUGGGUUGUUGCCUACGCCCCAGUUUCUUAUGCCACUUCCGGUGCGAGACAUCGAGUACGGGAGAAAGGAUUCUGGCGUAUCAACGCCGUCCUCGUCCUCGCAGAUCAACAACAACAAGGGUGGCAGUUUCAUGACGCUCGGUGGUAAGAAGCGCAUCCAAAAGGCAUUGAUCAAGAUGAACCUACUGCCAAAGAAUAGCGUCUUCCAGGAUGACAAUAUUAACAACAAUAAUAACAGCAGCAGUAACAACAGUAGUAACAGUAGUAGCAGCACCAACAACGGUAACAGUAACAAUGGAAGCAACUACGAGGGAGGCAGCGAUCGGUCGUCGGGCAUAAGCGUGAACUUUUCGUCACAGGCUUCGUCCAUAUCGACCUCCUCGAUAACGACGGCGGACUCGGACGAAACGCCACCGACCUCCACCUACCAGAGCAAUCCGGAUUUGCGAGAAAACCACUGCACACCGGCAAAGGCUCAGUCGACGGAGGCGAUUAUCCCGACGAAGACGAGCAGUACGUACCUGGAGGAGCAGCGUGUAAGCGAUUUUCCCGAGCACAUCCUGAAGGUGUACAAGUCGGACCAAACGUGCAAGUACCUGCUGGUGCACAAAGAAACGACCGCACACGAGGUGGUGAUGUUGGCGCUGCAGGAGUUCGGUAUACACGAUCCAAGUUCGAACUUUUCGCUGUGCGAGGUGAGUGUCGGCGAGGGUGGUAUGAUCAAGCAGCGUCGUUUGCCGGACCAACUGCAGAAUCUUGCCGAACGUAUUGGGCUUAGUUCGAGGUAUUAUUUGAAAACGAACGGCAUCACCGAGACGCUUGUACCGGACGAUGUAGCGCCAGAGCUAAUACGCGAGAGUGCCGUGCACUUUUUGCAGCUGAACGCAAACGAGCUGGCAAUACAGUUGACGCUGCAGGACUUUGCCAUCUUCCGUCAGAUCGAAUCGACGGAAUACAUCGACGAUCUGUUUAAUCUGAAGAGCCGAUACGGGAAGCCGAUGUUGGUGAGGUUCGCCGAGCUGGUCAAUAGGGAAAUGUUCUGGGUGGUGACGGAAGUCUGUAGCGAACACAACAUGAUGCGCCGUUGCAAGAUCAUCAAACAGUUCAUCAAGAUUGCCCGCCACUGUAAGGAGUGUAAGAAUUUCAACAGCUUGUUUGCGAUCAUCAGCGGUCUCGGGCACGCCGCUGUGAGCCGGUUGAGACAGACGUGGGAAAAGCUACCGUCAAAGUAUCAAAAGCUGUUUAACGAUCUGCAGGACUUGAUGGAUCCGUCGCGAAACAUGUCCAAGUACCGGCAGCUGAUACAAACUGAGCUGAACGCGCAACAGCCCGUCAUUCCGUUCUACCCGGUGGUGAAGAAGGAUCUCACCUUCAUACAUCUCGGCAAUGACACGAAGAUCGACAGUUUGAUCAACUUCGAGAAGUUGCGCAUGAUUUCGAAGGAAAUUCGUACGCUGCUGCACAUGUGCAACUCGCCGUACGACAUACUGACAAUGCUGGAGUACAAAUGUCAGCCUCCCAGCUCGGCCAUGCUUGCGCUCAAUCAGAUGUCGGUACCGUCCGGUAGCAGUAAUCUCAUGCUCGUCACGCACGCUCCGCCACCACAAUCGAUCACAUCGGGUGUAUCAGCAUUCGCGCACAGUCAGACGGUAAAGCGAAGAAAGAAAUCGACCGCGGCCCCGAACCCGAAGAAAAUGUUCGAAGAAGCGCAGAUGGUGCGGCGAGUGAAGGCGUACCUGAACAAUAUGAAAGUCAUCACGGACGAGGAUGAGCUGCAUCGAUUGUCGCUGGAGUGUGAAGCACAGGGUGGCACCACACCGAACACAGUGCAGGUUCGCAAACGGUACCCAUCUCCGACACUCUCCACAACAUCGAGCACCAGUUCGACCAGCGAAGGCAAAAAGGGAGCACUCGGGCUGGGCAUGAGCAGCUUAUCGAUCGGCAGUGCAAGCAGUGGCAAUAGUGGAGCACCGAAGUUUGGUGCCGCAUCGCCACAAGCCGUCAAAAAGCUGCUGUCACUGUCGGAGCAAACGAAAACACGGCCACACCAACCGAGACAUCCUUCGGCGGGUUCGAUCUUACCGCCACCGCUAAACAACAUCCACCAUCAUCAUCACCCGCAUCAUCAUGGUGCAAUGUCGGGUCACCUGAACAGUACGCUCUCUCACUUCCAUCACGCCCAUCCGCCCACGAACUAUCUGCAUCAUGGGACGGGCAUAACGAUCAGUCCCUCGCAGUCUCCAGCGCACUGUUGCGUAGGUGCUACAGCAACCGGAACCGGAGCCGGCAGUGUUUCAACAAGUGCGGGCGUGAUGGGACCUCCGCAAUAUCCUCCGCCAUCGGCACACGCAGCCGGAGGUUAUGCGACCGGUGCCGGUACAACUGCCGGCGGUGUCCAUUUGGCAGGCAUGCUGCCGAAUCCACCAAACUAUAGCGCCACCAUGUCGAUGUAUGCGAACGGCCGGCCAGUACUGGCCAGCAGGAUACUGGAAAGUUCUGUCGAUGCACCUAGUCAAAUACCACCACCGAUGGAACUCCCGCCAGAGAGUAGCUCCUUCCGAAGUCCACCGAACUAUGCUCAAACGGCACAUCGAAGAAUUGCCAGCAGUAAUAGUACAACCAUUCCACCGCCCUACCCAACUCCCCACCAAAACUUUGGCAACUCGUCGCGUAUCAUUUCGGCCGUAGGCAUUUCGCCGAUCGCACCGAACUUUGUCGCACCGGCCGUAAAUGCGUUAUCACCCAUGUACACCGGAAACAGUGGUGGUGGUGGUGGUGGUGGAGGCGGAGGUGGCGGGACAUCAGUGAGUUCCUCUGGUGGUGUGUGUCCAAACUUACCACCAGCAAUACCGGCACGAUUGCACGAAACCAUCGAUUCAGCACCACCUCCAUUGCCGCCGCCAAGUAUAGACCUGUCGGCAGAAAGCAGUUCCGUAACCGUGCUGAGCAGUGCCGCUUCCGGUGAUGUCAAACAGAACGAUGAAACGUGUGAGUCCGUUGAGACGGAUUGUCUGGGAACGAUUUCAACGGAUGUUUAA